UUUGCCUUCUGGUUUUGGGAAUGAUUAAAAGCGAUCUUCAAAUAGUUGCAGCAGAAGGCUAUUCAGCUACAGAAGGAGGACAGGUUAAAGGUGGUUCACCAACCCCUCAGCUCAGUAGCUGGCAGUUAGCAAACCCUUCUCUGCCUCCUGAGUUGAAAAAGCUUAAUGGCAUCGUGAAGGCUGAACAGGUCAACAAGCCUUUGCUGUUACGAAGGAAGCGGUCCAUUCUGUUUCCCACUGGAGUUAAGAUCUGCCCUGAUGAAUCUGUUGAGCAGGCUAUUGCCAACCAUCUGAAAUAUUUCAGACUCAGAGUGUGUCAGGAAACAGUCUGGGAGGUCUUCAAGAUAUUCUGGGAUAGGCUUCCAGAGCGUGAAGAAUAUCUCACCUGGAUGAGCCUGUGUGAGGAAGGAAUGAUGAGUAUCUUUGAAAUAGGCACGAACUUCAGUCAAUCUGAGGAACACCGGAGUCUGAUUGUAAAGAAACAGUCCUAUACAAAGGAAACAAUGGGCAGCUCCUGCACUGAUUGGUCAUGUGGACAAGGUGGCCCAGAGCAUCACUCAUGCAGCAGUAGUGGAACUCCAACUCCAGCUCCAGAUGCUGAUGUCACCACAUUAAGAGAUGCAGCUGCCAAUGUACCUCCCCCUCAUGAGAUCUCCGCUGGGAGUCUUGCGGGUGGUACCACCUAUGAGACUGAAGAAGCAGACAUUACUAUCAAUAAUGAGAUAAAGAAGGAGGAUGAGAAGCUAGUGAGGCCUGUAACUGAGCAAAUGAUCGAGUUCCGCAUUUUGAUUGUUGGUGAAAAGUACAGUGAGGAGCUGAGCGACCCAGCUGCUGUGAAGCGUCAGCUGCUCUCUGAACAAUUCAUUUCUCAGAUCAAAAGUGUAUUUGAAGGACUACCUGGAUACAAAAGCAUCCAUGUCCUGGAUUACCGCUUUCCUGAGGAGGACAGAGGGGUGGAAGUUCACUAUGCUGUCACAUUUGAUGGAAAAGUCAUCAGCAAUGCCACCUGGGACCUGAUUAACCUUCAUUCCAACAAGGUGGAGGACAACUCCUUUACAGGCAUAGUGGAUAAUCCAACAGUUGUGUACACCAUCAGUGAUUUCCAAGAUUAUAUUACUGAAAUCCUCCAGAAAAAUGCCUUGCUUGAAAACAAUUCCUUGUCUUUAGACCCUAACUCUCUCCAGCUUACUAAUGUGAAAGUAUUACUACGCCCUACACCAGAAGACCCAUCCUGGAUUACUGAGCAUCCGGUUGUGCUGGAGCACCCAGAGUUUGAUGACAGCACCUUUUUAGCUGAACGGCCUUCAGCAGAUGAGUCAACUGUCAGCAAUACCUUGCCCUUUGAUUUCACCAAACCAGAUUCCACUUCAGAUACUGAACAGUCCAAUAUCAAUGAAAUCCAGCCAAGACCAGAAAAUCGAAACUCUGAUGUCAGUUUGGCACCUGAAUCUCCACUCUUCUCAGAGGCUGAUGUCACUUCUUUGCCUGAUGGGCUGAAUUUUGAGGACGGGAAUUGGACUCCUCAUUUGGUCACUGCACCAGUGUCAGGGCGUGACUCUGUGGACUAUCUAGAACGGCUUUCAGCAUCAAAUUCUUUAGAUGUGUUUGAAGAAACUAGACUAUCUGAAGACCUUUUGCCUUCAAGUCCUUCUCACCUUGUGCCUGAAGAACCUCCAGCUACAGAUGAUUAUGCAGUUCCUCUGCUUUCUGCACCAACAGUGGCCUCUUCAUCAGUCAUAGAGACUGAUUUUACAGAAACGGUAUCUGCAGAGAAGGAAGAACUAUCUCCAGGUAGUCCUGCAGGCAGUAAUGAUGCAGACUCUGUGUUGCAUGAGUCUAUGGAAGAAUUUCCUUUUCCCUUAGAAGUACAUCCUAUGGAAGAUGAAACUGAUAUAUACCUUGGAGACAGAGUUAUAUAUGAUGAUGGUUCUGGUUCAGCUUUUGAUGGUUCAGGAAAAGAAAUAGAAUCAAGUAUCUGGUCUUGGGAAGAAGCAACACUGGAACCAGUUUUAUACCCUGGUCCUGAUAGCUGGCUUGAAGAUGACAAUGAGUCUUUGUUAAUCAGAACUGAGGACAUUCCUGAAGGCAUGAUCUUAGACUAUAUUCUUAACUCUAGGAAUAAAUUAGGUGAUAAACCUUCUAGAGAUGAGAAUGAAGGUAUGGCCAACACAAAAGACGAUUUCCUUGAUGAGUCUGAAAUAUUUGUCUUUCCAGAGACUACAACUCAGCAGGUAUCUCUGUUACAGACAGAAGAGCCAUCAUCUGUGGAACCAUCUACACAGACAGAAACAUUGGAUGUGUACAAUUCUUUUGUUAAACCAUCAUUGGUUUUGGAGCCUUCAGUGGAUCAUUCCUUUGUAGACAUGCCAACUGAAGAGGCCCCUGUCUCACCACACAAUACAGGUCUGUCUGUGGAAGAUCAUCUCCUUACAUCUACAGUGACCAUCAGUAUGGAGCAACCUGAAGAGUCCAGUGUAGGUCAGAACAUCAUUUCUAAAGCAGUUGAAUACCAAAAUGAAGACAGGACUGUGGUAGAAGAAGUAUUCACGGUGGACCAGUUGGAUGUAACUGAAACUGCUACAAUAGGUGGUUUGGACACAACCUCUUCAGAAAGUAUUCUGGCUGCAGAUCCUUCCACGGUACACUCUGAUGCUUCUGCUUCCACAGUACGCCCUGAUGCUUCCACGGUACACUCUGAUACUUCUGCUUUCACAAUAAACCCUGAUGCUGCCACAGUACACUCUGAUACUUCGGCUUUCACAGUAAGCCCUGAUGCUGCCAUGGUACACUCUGAGGCUUCUGCUUCCACAGUGAACCCUGACGCUUCCAUAGGACACUUUGACACUUCUAUGAUAAACCCUGACACUUCCACAGUACACUCUGAUAGUUCUGCUUCCACAGUAAACCCUGGUGCUUCCAUGGCAAACCUUGAUGUUUCCACAGAAGAGAAGCAAAUCCUCGAUUCAUCAUUGGCAGGCCAAGAUGCCACUGGAUCAGCAAUGAUGAAACCAGCUGAUGUUUGGCCCACUGACAGAGCACUAGAAAACUCGUUAGAUCAGACAGUGCAAUCAGCAAUGCCAGCUGCCACUCAAGUUUCAACUGCAGUUCCUUCUGUAAUGGAUCAGACCACUGUUCUAGAGGCCUUCACAGGCCAGGGUGGUAUAGACCAUGACACGCAUGUUCCCAUGAGCUUCAGCACUCUUAUGAACUCUUAUGUAACGGUGAGUGUAACAACAAGCACUGUUGAGCUUCCAUCCCAUUUCCCUCCUGCGGGAUCCACGGCAUCAUCAUCUGUGGCUACCUCAACAAGGGUAGGAGUUGAAACGACGAGAGCCCUGGAUGUUUCAGUGGACCUGGAUCAUGUGACCCCUGUCUACUUUCCGCCUGAGCUGACUGAGGAGAGGGAGAGCAUGACUGAAAGUCACGUGGACCUAACAACUCGUGUCCAGUCCACAGAGAUGGCCAGUGUGGCUUGGGCCACACAUGACAAUCGCAGUAAUAGUCUUGUCCCGUCACGAGCUCUAGUUGUGUUUUUCAGCCUUCGGGUUACCAACAUGAUGUUUUCAGAGGACCUGUUUAAUAAAAACUCUCCUGAAUACAAAGCGUUGGAACAGCGAUUCUUGGAACUGCUGGUGCCCUACCUCCAGUCAAAUCUGACGGGCUUCCAGAAUCUGGAAAUCCUGAACUUCAGAAAUGGCAGCAUCGUGGUGAACAGUCGAAUGAAAUUUGCCAAACCCGUCCCUCGGAAUGUCACCAAUGCCGUGUAUGUGAUCCUAGAAGACUUCUGCAACACUGCGUAUCACACCAUGAACCUGGCCAUCGACAAAUACUCCCUGGAUGUGGAAUCAGGUGAGCAAGCAGAUCCCUGCAAGUUCCAGGCCUGCAAUGAGUUCUCUGAAUGCUUAGUAAAUCGCUGGAGUGGGGAAGCCGAGUGUGUCUGCAAUCCUGGCUACCUCAGCAUCGACGGGCUGCCAUGCAAUAGCAUUUGUGAUCUGCAACCAAACUUUUGCCUGAAUGACGGGAAGUGUGACAUAAGCCCUGGGCAAGGGGCCAUCUGUAGGUGUCGUGUAGGAGAGAACUGGUGGUACAGAGGGGAGCACUGUGAAGAAUAUGUGUCUGAGCCACUGGUAGUGGGUAUUGCAAUUGCUUCUGUGGCGGGAUUCCUUCUUGUGGCAUCUGCUGUCAUCUUCUUCUUGGCCAGGACCCUUAGAGACCAGUACACAAAGAGUGACACUGAGUACUCACAGGGGCAGGGUGACAGCCUCUCAUCCAUUGAGAACGCAGUUAAAUACAACCCCAUGUAUGAAAGUGAUACAACUGGCUACAGCCAUUAUUACCGGAGAUACCCUCAGCUAACAUCCUACAGCUCUACCAGUGCAGAGACAUCCACGGACUACAGCAGCGAAGAGAUCAGGCACAUUUAUGAAAACAGUGAGCUUACUAAGGAGGAAAUUCAGGACAGAAUUCGAAUUAUAGAGCUCUAUGCUAAAGACCGUCAGUUUGCAGAGUUUGUUAGGCAGCAUCAAAUGAAGCUGCUUUAAGAAAAAAAGAAAUCAGUAGAAUGCAUGUGGGAGAUACGACUACCUUGUUGCCAUAGCAAUGGGCUCAGAUGUAACUGCAAAGUUACUUAUAGUCUUAACAUUGCAUGGAUGGAUACAGAUGUUUUCUAAAUGACUGGCUAAAAUGUACAGAUGUCUGUUUAUCUCAAUUACUUCUGGCUUUUCUGUGACAUUUUUAAGAGGUGAUCAGAAGUGGCAGGGGUUAUGAAAGUUCAUUUUUCAUUAACUCUGAAACAGACAAAGUUUGUAUAGCAAGGCAAAAAAAAUCUCCUCAAGUAAGAGACUAUACAUGCACAACCAAAUUAAAAUGCACAUUUAAAAUCCCCGUCUGGCAUUUAUCCCCUCACUGGGGGCUACUGUAGUGAUUUCACAGGCACUAGUGGAAACAAAUAUUUGCUUUGAAUGCAAAUGAUUUGUAGGGAAGAACUGCUGUGCUAGAAUUAUGUUAGCAUUAUUUUAAAGCAUUCUUAUUGUAAAUGCAAACAUAACCCUACUGGAAAAAUUUUUCUUUUGGGCAGCUGCCUGAUGUACAUUUUGUCACCUGGCAUUAGCAAAACGGAGCACAGCCCUGAGCCUGCAGGCCUUCUGAAAGCUCUCCCCGACACUAAGUGUCACCCCUGCCUGUCAGUGGCCCCCCAGGGUGCCUUGGCAAGGCAGGGCAGCAUUUCUGCAGUGCAGUGUUUGUAAAGCCAGGAUGGUUGGGUCUCCAGCUGUUCCUGGCAGACACACAAGGGCUUCUAUCAUACAAACGUUCUGUGAAGCUUAAGUGACUAAUAUUGACUUUUUUUGUAUGUAGACAAUUUGUUUCGAUAUAAGUUAAUACGCAUUAUUUAUUUGUUGUGUAUUUCCCUACCAGCUUAUUUUCAUAAUAGAUUUAGUUGUUGAAAUACAAAGAUGAAUAGUUCAAUGAUGAAAUACUACCAUGGCAUUUGUGCCCAUCCUUUUUAAAAACAAAUUAGUGUUUACUCAAUGUUGAAUUCAGCCAACUAAUAUUUGAAUUUUCUUUACUGAACUGGGCGAUAGCCUGCCAUCAGCUCUCAAAAUUGGGCUGUGGUACUUAAGUGCAUGUGUAUUUGGUAGAUGACAGCACUUUCCUCUGGGGAAGGGAAAAAAUGAGAGUAUUCUUGGCUUAGUGGAAGUCAGUGUAGAAUUCCUUAAACAGAAGUCCUCAGCCUGAAGCAUUUUAAAAUAGCUGAAUUGAGAUGGGGACCUCCGAGGUACAGAAAUGGAGUUUUAUCUCCAAGUGAUGAAGAAAGUUCUGACUACAUGUUAAGGUGUGCUGGGGCUCUGUUGGGUCACCCGGUGUCUCUUGUUUAAGGCAUUAACAUGGCUGUCAGGGUUAGGGCACUAAUAGUCUCACAUUAAUUCUGCUAGCAAACAAGGCCAAGUUAUUUGUUAUUUUCUACAAAGUCUGCAGUUCUCGGCCCACAUGUGCCAACAGCCACCUGAUACUUUUUUAGAGUUAAGUGAGAGUGAGAAUUACUUACUUGUCUAUAGGCAGCUUAGCUACACAAGAGAACGUUUCAAUGCAAUUCUUCUGCAUGUUCUGGAGAACCUCACUGGAUCACGUACAUAGUAUUUUCUUGCCUUGAGUGGCAGGGAAUGGGUAUCAGAGCCACAUAUCCAUCAACGAAAUGCUUACAUAAACCACUGUAAGCCCAAGGAACACAAGACAGCAGGAAAUAAUAUGGUGCUGCUGAUUACUGUUGUGACCAGGUGUUAUGAGACAGAGGCCCUAUCCUGCUGGGUGACCCAAGGGCUCUCAGAGCUGCUGGUCCAGAGUCUGAAACCAGUUCUUGAAGGUUUCAGUUCUUUUUUUUCCCCUCUCUCAGUAGGCUGUCCACAUAGCCAGGUGAAAAUAGAAAAUGGAUUAAAAGAAAGGACUAAUCUGUGUCUCUGUGGUUUUGAGUUUUCUUUUUUUUACAUGUUAAACAGAAAAGAGGGACUAGAGGUUUUGGCUCUGUAUGCUGCAUAAUACUAGGGCAUAACCAAUGAUCCCUGGGGACUCUCAUCAGUGCUACGUGUCCAUACAGCUCAAAGCAAAAGGCUACCAGUUGCAUAUAGAGCACAAAAAGAGACAGAUACACUUGUAGGGCUUUCAACAUACCCUCCCUUCAGUGAAGUUUACACACAGGAGAGUCUCUACUCCUGACAGUCAGUGGUGAAAGUCCCCAACUUCAGUGGGAGCUGAGCAGCACUGUCAAAACAUUGGCUGUGAUGAUUUACAUUUUCUGAAGAGCUUGUAUGAGAAGACAUACUAGCACUCUACCAUGUUUACUCCUGUGCAGCCUCCUCUCUCCUGCCCUUGCAGCAGCAUGGUUGAGCCAUCCUGUUACACCAGGGCCUUGGGAUCAUGGUAGCUGUACAAUGCAGAGAAGUACUGGGCUCAGGGUGGGCAUCAGCUUGGGAGUUGUUUGUGUGCAGCUGGGCUGCCAGCCCUGGAAGCUCUGGUGCUGCUCCAGCUCAGUACAGCGAUGGAUGGCAGCUGGGAUCAGGCACAUUUUGAAGAUAUUCUGCUAUUUGCUCUGCACAAGCUGAGGAGAGUCUUGGUUACACUGAGUAUGAGGUUUUUCAGUGUAUAUACAGUGAAUCUUUUCUUCGUGUGUAUAUAUAUAUGAACAUAAUGGUAUCUUAUUUUCACUACAAUAAAAAAUUAUUUCCAAAAU